AUGACCUUGGAGGGACAUUGCAGCAAGAGAAAACUCCUCCGCGCUGAUCGGGUUUCCAGCGGGGACUGCGCUGCGACCCGGCUCCUGCUAUAUCAGCUCAGGCCAUCUACUACGCAUAUCCUUGCGGUGCUUGUGGCGGCGUGGUCUCUUGCCGCAGCUGAGCCCACCAAUGCGGCGCGGGAAGAGACGGCACCGUGCAGCGGCCACAUCAAGGUAGUAUACAAUGUAGUGUCAGAAGAUGAGUGCUGGGGGCUAUGCCUGGCGUCCGGUGCUUGCAGCGCCUGGUCCUUAAGUCCGUCGCCUUGGACCGCGCAAUGGGCCUCUGUGCUGCCAAGUCCCCCACCGCCGCCGCCACCACCUCCCGCCUCCUUCACGUUGAUCCGGCAGCCGCCAAGCCCUCCCCCCCCACCGCCAGAGGUUACAGUUGCGGCGGUUGCAUUGGAACAGUCCGUUAACAUUGUUGCCACAACAACUGUCGAUGUCACGGCCCCCGAGAUUGUGCUGUUGGGCUCGUCCGAGGUUGUACUUCAAGUGUACGACAUCUACACAGAGCUGGGCGCACAAGCAAUCGACAACCAGGACGGUGUCUUGCCCGUUAACGUGCUUGGCGGCCCAGUCAACACGUCCUCCACCACGGCAGACAGGCCAAUCAUUGUAGUGUAUGAAGCCAUUGACAGGGCGGGAAACGUGGCUCGAACUGAACGGCGUGUGUUGGUACGCGACAACUGUAUGCUGCAGAGGGAGCGCCGGUGCCCCAACACUCUGAGGUGCUCCGUGUUUGGUUCGUGCAACCUUAACUCGCAGCUGGAAAGCAUGUCCACGACCACAUCGACUGAAUCUUCACCACAGGCAAGCAAGACCGGGGCCGACCACAUGUUGCGCGCCCCUCGCCAGCGGAUACGCUUGGGCCUUUUUCAAACCAAUGAUGCUUUAGUGAAGUCCAGCCCGAAGGGUUUCCAAGUUCCGGUCGACAACAUUCCGCCCACAAUCCAGAUCCGGGGGACCGGGCAGCUGUAUGUCACACCAGCCGGGGCGCGGGGCAUGAUCAACGUUGUCCUGGCGGGCUCGGCUUACGUGGAUGCCGGCGCGACAGCAGCGGAUGUUGUUCCGGUGGCGGCUUCCAGAAGCGGCAGUGGCACCACGACGGGAUCAACCACGAAAACUGUCAACCUCACGAGUACCAUCCUCACACGUGUUUUCAGCCCCAGUGGCUUGCAGGUCGGCACCGUGUCGACGGAUGAGCCCACUGGCGAUGAGGCCGCGGGUGGUGUGCCGUACCUUAUUACGUACGAUGUCGUUGAUGACGCCGGCAACCGCGCAAGCACGGUGUAUCGCCGUGUGUAUGUUGUGUGUCCGGCGCCUGAGUACGAAUGUCCGCGUGAAGACGAAGACAGCCCGCGUGCCUGCAGCAAAGGCGGCAUGUGUGGCGUUACUGGUCUGGUCUCCAAUCAGGCAGCUUCCACCACUAUUGCAACAGCAGGGAGCCUCAGUGGAAGCAUUGUAACCGCCAGCAGCGGCAGUACUAGCAGCGGCAGUACUAGCAGCGGCAGUGCCUCCGCCAGCAGCAGCAGCAGCCCUGGCGGAAGCAGCGGCAGCACAUACCAGGCAACGAGGGUCCCUCGCCUGGUUCUGAACGGAGAGUCGGUCAUCACUAUCACAGCUGGAACAUCGUACCUGCCAUGCCGAGGCGCAACGGCGACCGAUUGUGAGCCCGGCAGUACGGCAACCCUGGACACAUUCGGGGAUCUGAACCACCAAGUGCGGGCGUGUGCUACGGGUGUUCCAAAUCCUCUGCCGUACAACUUCAUUGGGCUGAAAUAUUGUAAUUUAGAUACCCGCACCCCGGGAAUCUACAAAAUCUCCUUCCAUCUUGUUUGGCCCGAUGUGCCGGAGAUGGUCAUCUACAGGACCGUGGUGGUGCAGGAUCUGUGCGAGGGCGAGCGCGCCUGCAGUGAUGGCAAGUGCUCUGUGGACGGCGUGUGCUCAAAUGAGCUUAAGAUUGAGGUACAGGCAGCCGCUAGUUGGCAGCCGGCGGGCAAGACCACAAGUAGUGCCACCAGUACCGCCCCUGCUAUUACGGCAAUCACCAAUACGCCACCUCGCAUCACACUAUCCACGAGCGAGAUAAUUGGGCAACAGGUUUCCAUCUUCAGUGGUGUAGCGUACAGUCUUUGUACGGCAGGCCAGAGGCCUACACAGGCCCUACCAUGUGAGCCGCUGGGUAUCGCCGAAGAUGUCGAGGACGGCAACCUUACUGCCCUGGCGAUUGUGCAAGGAGCCAAUGUCGGGCCCAUGUGGCAGCUGGCCAUAUACGAUAGCACAGGUGCGAAUGCCACAGCCGAGCGCCUCAUCAUCGUCAUUAGCCCCUGCCCCGCGGACCAGUUCACCUGCGACGAUUCGAUGGCGGCUUCGGACAGCUCCGUGCCGGCUGGGGUGGUCUGCAGCCCAGUGCCAUGCGCCUUACGACAAGGCUUGCAGGGCCUUGAUGCGAACGCCGGGGCACGACCCCGUCUGUUUCUGCUGCCCAGCCUCCAAAUCGAUCAUCUUAGCAAGGCGGAGCUGAAUCAGUCGCUAGUCCUGACGUAUCGCCAACCAGCUCCCUUCAGUUUGGCGCCAUGCGCCGCUUUCACAGAUGCGGUACCGGCGACACCCACACAGCAGACGGCAGCUGGGCUCUGCGGGGCCGUUGCAAACAGUAGCACAGGCGAUGACCUCACGCCCUACAUCACCACGGCAGUCAAGGCCCUAUGUCCCAGCGGCGGCUCCAGCAGCUGCUACGGGUGUUCGGUUACCGGCCUCUCCAUGGGCACCUGUCUGCCUGGGAGGUACCGCAUCGUGUAUUCGGUGAAGGAUGGUGAUGCUGUGUCGGGGCUACAAAAAGCCGCUCGUCUAGACGUCAGUGUAGAGCAGCUAAAGGCGCAGACGUUUACCUUUUCUAUGUACUACAACGGUACGGCGGCCAGAUCCCCUGAUCGUAUGGCUGCUGAGGCGUUUGCAGCCACGCUGCGAAGCGCAAAUGUCUCUACGAAGGUCGAGAUGUUAUCUAUCGCGCUAAAGGCCUUGGGAGUGGCUACGGGCAGCGUGCGCCGCCUGGACCUCCUGGCUGAGCCUGGAGUCCAACCAUGCAAUGUCUCGGUGGUGUCGUACUGUGUUGCGGUUGCUAUUAACGUGACGACGGGUUCUGCCGACUUUUGGGACACUUCAGACAUGUUCUUUGGCGCACUGUAUUCGGACGCUACAGCGAGUGAGGAUGGAACUUGUGUUAACGUGACACUCACUGAAUUGACAGCAAUCUUGGCAUCCGCGGACAGCGCCGUAGCCUCUUUGGAGCCAUACAGUACGACAUGCACAGAGAAACGACCUGAAGGGGCCAGCAUGGCUCAGAGCCUGAUCUCGGGUGCUGUAGACGGAGUUGGCGGCGCUUCUCAAACAAUUCUUUCCAACCAGGCGGCGCUGCCGUGGCUCAUUGCCCGUGUGGAGGACAAACUGUCGGAGACAGACGAGCCACCCGCCGGUCGCUCACUACCGCCACCCGACCCAUCCGUACGCAAUCACAAGGGCUACCGUCGAGCUUCAACUGGCAGCAUGCAAGCAGCCGCUACGGCCCUGGCAUCAGAAACUCAGCAAGCACAAGAGCUGCUUGCGAAGAUGACGGGAAAAGAGGCAGAGCGUGGCAGAGCGGGCACGCUGGGGCUUACGGCCAGCUUGCUUCAGAUUGCUGUGAACGAGGCCGAGUCCGCAGCCUUACUUGCCAACAUCACCGCUGUGCUUCUACCUGAGGCUUCAGCGGUAGCCUUGGAUGCGGACCUCAUGAAUGCCUACCUCGACCCCGCUUACAUCGCAUGUGUGUCCUCCAAGGUUUCUGUUGCUUCCUUUGCGUUCCACGUCAGCAGAUACACCACCGCCGCACCACCCGACCCGCAGCCCCCUGCUCAAGCUGCCAGCCCCAGUCACCGUCGUCGUCUUUUCCGUAGCCCAGAUGAGGAUGGGUGGGCGAGGUGGCCAUCACCUGGCUCUGGCCAAAUCGCCACCACGGCGCGCCUGCCAUGGCUAUCCCAAGCUUACUCACGGAUGUCAUCCUUGGUGUGCGCAAGUCCCCAGGGUUAUCAUGGUCACUUACUCACCUCCGUACAGGGGGUUUUCUGCGACACGAGAGGAGGUAAUCGCCCAAACGCCGAUACCACAGAGGGUGCCAGCACAGGACAGCGUGGCCGCAUGUAUGGCAGCAGGCGGCGGUCAACGAGGGGCACCAGCAACUCCAAUAGCGGCAGGUCACAGUUCACCGGGUACACCCUGCCAGAUGGCUCACAAUACAAUUACAGUCUCUUGGAUGACAGCGACCUUCGGCGGCGCCGCGCUGGGGGUCGGAACGACGUGAUGUUGGGGUUACUGCUUCACCAGGAGAGGCGAACUGUGGAUGGCCUGGCCGACUCAAACCGGCGCGUUUGCAAACAAAGCAGUUAUUCAUACUUUUAUGGCGGUUGCGAUGCCCGCACCUUCAAAGUCGUGCUGUCUGGUAACUUGGGUGGCAUCGGCAACGACCCGGUGUUUAGCCGGGUGUCUUCCUUGUACGACGCCACAUUGCGGUCGUCAGAUUGGUACAACAUGACGGAGGGUUCCCCCGAAAUCAACCCCUUGGGGCUGCCGUACGGAUUCUUCCAUGAGCCCCUGGAGAGCUUCUCCCCUGGCUACCCUCUGCUGCUAGACACGCGUCUGUCCGCCAAGAGAGCUGGACAGGCGCUCACCUACCUACGGGACGGGGGCUAUCUGUCAGCCACACUGACAAAGUCCCUGCGUGCCGAGUUGGUAACCUACAAUCCCGAUGCUGCCGUGUUUGGCUACUGGCGAGUGGACUUCACCUGGCUGGACAGCGGCGACAUUCGCGCCACCAGCUACCUGCUCGGACUGCCUGCGGUCAGCUACGGAGAGUACAUCAAGAACCUGCAGGUGGCUCGUUUCCUGCCCGAUUUCUUCUUGGUGCUGCUCGUGCUGGCAUACUGUUGCAUGACGGUAUACGACGUGGUCAUGCAGCUUCGGGCGCAGCGGGAGCAGCGCAAUCAGCUAAGAGGUGGGGGGCCGCAGCGGCCUUGGAGGGCGGCGGCAAGCGCCUCUGCCUCUUCCUUCCGGCGUAGCUUCACGCAGCUGGGGAAGGUGGCACCGUGCGACCGGACCAUACCUGACGGCGAUGACAACUUCGAGGAAAUUGAUGGCGCUUCUGGACCUCGGGUUCGCGGUCACGUCGGCAGCAACCGGAAGUAUACCCCCCGAAUGAGCGCCGGUUGGGUGAUGUACGAGACAGCCAUCUGUGCCCUCAUGGUCGCGGCCAUUGCUGUCCUCUACACCUACACUGUACGGCUAUCCGUACGUGAAGACUUCAUCGCGCGCUUUGAUGUGUACGACGCGGACGCCUUUGCGCCGGCGAGGUACUUCCUGCUUCGUCGCAGUACAAGUUUAAAUUCCAGCGAGGGAGCCAGCUCCGCGGCCACGAACACAACGAGGACGGCCGGCAGCCCUGAUCGGUGGCGCAUGCAGGCGGAUCCGCGGGCGCUGAAUGCCGCAGGUGCCGUCCUCACACGGCUGGACUCGAUGUACAACACCAUUGUCCUGUACGCCUUUUUCCAGGGCCUGGUCCUUUGUGCCUUGGAGGUGCGCUGGCUGCACUACAUCUCGUUCCAGCCCCACCUGUCCAUCGUCUUUGGCACGUUGGUCCUUGCGCUCCCCGACCUGCUACACUUCGCUGUGGUGCUGGUCAUCUCCAUCGUCAUGUUCGCCGCCACCGCCUGCGUCGUUCUUGGUCCGUCCGUGGCGCAGUUUCACAACUUGAGCUCCUCUUUGACAAUUAUGUUCCAGUACUCACUGCUGCGGAAUGACGGAGGCACCUUCAAGAAAGUUCUGAGUUCCCCCCUGGAGCGGCCAGCUCUCGAGCAUAUGCUGGUGGGAGUGCUGUACUUCGUGGCGCCGCUCUUCUUCGUGUUCACCAUGCUCCAGUUUAUCCUGAGCUUCCUGGUGUUGCCUUUUCAAGAGCUUAAGCGCGCUGUUGACGGCCUCCCUGGGGUUCCACAGGACGUACUACGCAUCCUGCACUGGUAUUGGGAGCGAUUUAUUAAAGCUGCCCCCAAGAACAAGCUGCUGCUGCACUGGCUUGAGGACUCGCUCGCGAAAGGUCCUAGCAGGAGCUUCUUAUACCGGAUGAGAACCAUGCUCUCCGCCAGGGGGGCCAGCAUGAUGGCACGAGUCCGCUCAGUGAGAUUGGAUUCUCGACGCAUCAACUGGAGCAUGUCAAUGCAAGGAAGCAUAUCCGCAAAUGGGCAACGCUCAGCGCCGAGAAGCCCGCCAGAGGGGCCUUCAGCAGCGUUGACGGCUACCAGGACCACAGACUCAGCUGCGGGCGCCCAGAACUGCAGCAGUAUCGGCGGCGGCAGCCACGGCACCGGCUUGCUGGAUUUACAGCAAUCAUUCGGGUCAAAAUUGGGCUCUCGGCCAUCUAAACGGGCUCUUGUGAAGGCUGUAUCCUUCAGAAGCGGCUCUCAGCAGCUUACAUGGCAGGCGGCACCCCUGGCACCUGUGGCUGCCAACACCAGUGCCGUUACCGGCGACAUCUGGGUGAACAGACUCGCGGCGGAGGGCGAGGCUAGGAAAGUCGUCAUCAUGGAUCCGCCGCCCAGUGAUUUGACCUCCGGAGGCAGGGCCAGGACGCUUCACCGGUUCUUUAGCACCGGUUUUGAAUCUGCGGCCUUGUCACGACCAAGACCUCAAGGUGUCCCUGCAGCCGCCUUACGCAGCGAUGCGAUGGGCGGUGCUACAGCCAGAAGCCGUAUGCGUCUCGUGCUGCUGGCUAAACGGUUAUCAAACCCGCGCCAGCAGGGGGAUGGCCCGGCGGCAGGGGGGUCCUCCAGCAGAGAGGCAGGGGUGACAGUGGUGGAAGACGCUGCUAUCCAUCUGGCAGAUAAAGUGCUUGCAAACCUUGUGAUGCGCUUGGGCGACGGAACUGACCUAUCGGAGCUAGCCGAAGCUGCAGCUAUGACUCCAGCACCGUUGUCAAGGGCGGCCAGUAACGUUGGUCGGGAGGUGUCACCAUCGCCGCCACCAUCCACACCCACUUCAGCAGCAGCCCAGCCUUCCAUGCUGUGGCGCCGACCAAGCGCGCCUGUCCUGGCUUCUGACCUGCACGCGGACACACCGCCUGUGUCUGUCGGCAGUGGUUGUGCUAGUAGUGUCCAUGAGAAGAGCAGGAACCGUGCUGGUGAUGGUGGAGCUGACGGUGCCAGCGGCCCAAGCAGUCUCAACACCGCCAUGGAUGGGGCUAGGGAAGGGAUGAUAAACACGGUGUCAUGGGCAGAUUGCCGCCAAGCGGCACUGCAGCGUUUCAUGAGCAGUGCCCAGCUGGAAGCUCCAUGCGAGUCCGUGGCGGCUUGCAAUGUGGUCAGCAGACGAAGUGAGCUCGGCAACAACGACAUUAAUGAGAUGCUUCCCCCAAGCUUUAUCAUGACUAGCGCCAUGAUGCGACUGCCAACACCGCCAGCUUUACCAACCGCACAUGGGGCAGCCUUGCCAUUAUCGCCGCCUUCCAGCAGCAGCCGCCUGGCAGCCAGGUCACCUCUCGCCACCACUCGAGGCAGCUUUCAGCGCCGCGCAAGUCCUAAGCCCCAGAUCAGCGACAUAGCAUGCUGGCGGCAGCCAUCAUUACAAGCGGAUAGCGACUCCACAGCGAUCAGUCCCAACACAAAUACUGGUAGCGGUGACGGUAGAAUUAGUGAAGGGCCAAGUAAUCCCCCAGCUGGGGGCAGCAACACAGAUAAGGUUUACAGCAGCUGUAGAGAUGUUCUAGACGCCUUACUCGAACUGAUUAGGUACCUCAGCUGGAUGCAAAGGCAGGUAUCAGCGGCCACGAUGGAGAUCGAGGCCAUGGCGACAUUCCUGUCGAGGCUCAUCUCCGAGGUGGAGGCAUUGCCGUCAUCCUCCACAAGAGACCGCAAGGCAGUCAGGGCGGCCCUCCAUGCGGGCCUGCAGGCGGUGCUGGCGCAAGGCGGGGGCCAGGAGGCUAACAGCGAUGGACGCGUGCUGGCGAGCAGGAGAUAUUUCGGAGCACAUGAUCCGCAGAGAGAAACAAGCCGUUGGAAACAGGCUUCCUAUGGCAACCAGCCGCCCAACUGGGACCUCCUGAGGCAAAGGGUGGCUGAAAUGGGCUCGGCCGCUGAUAAUGGUGGCAGCGCCGUACAGCUGUCGCACAUUGCCGCGUCCGCAUGCGAGGUGCUGCAAAAUGCCGUGACCGGACCCACGGGUUAUUCAGUUGUUCCAUUAGCCUAUUAUUCUACUCGUCGCUUGGAUCGAGACACAGCCGCCCGGCAACGCCGGGGCUGGCGGCCACGGAGGCUGUCUCUAUUGGCAGCUGAAAAGAGUCGGGUCAGCGGCCCAGGGGUCAUCAUUCCUGUGUCUUCGAAAAGGAACGACAUCAUGGGUGCGGAAGUAGGUUACAAUAACCGAGACAGCUUGCCAGACAGCGGUCACGCGAGGAUGGCUGUACGGCCGACUGCUGAUCGUGGUGAAAAGAUGUAA